AUGUUGUUUAAGAAUCAUCUCAUUCCAACGUCAAUUUUGCUGUUAUCACCGCUGUGCUUUCUGGCAAAAGCUGAUUUCGUUGUGAUUGAAUGCAAUUUCCCCUGCGCUGAAAGUGGAGAUGUGUGCCAAGUGACAGACGCCUAUGUGCAAUGUAAACCGAGGACAGACACUACAAGAUGGGUCCUUAAAGAUACCAUGUCAUUACCAGAAUACCAAGGAUCUCUGAUUCCACUUGGCCAACCGUGUAUGACAGCUCCUCAACCAAAACUCAGAGAUGCAUCACAUUUAUCAAAGAAUACGAGCGAAACAUGUCUGGAAUGGCCGCCAAAUGAUGACUAUGAUUCAUACUACAGUAAUUGCGCACAUGAUCUUUACUGCGAUCGAGCCCACAUUUGCGUCAAACAGCUUGCUCAUGGAGAGGUAUGCGAAUCAGACAACCAAUGUCUUGAUGGCAACUGCAACAAUCAUACAUGCGUUGAAAAGGUCGACAAAGCUAGCUCAAAUGGAUCGAAUACAGCCCACAUCAUUGCUAGUGUGAUUGGAGUUGCGUUAUUCCUGGCAGUUGUCUUCUGCAUCUACUACUUUAGAAGACGUCGGCUGAUGAAGAAGAGGCUGUUGGUCAAGCAGCAAGAGCUUGAUAAAGAGCAGCCAGAAGCGCUACCAAAGACAACCACUAGCGCCAUCCGCUCCAAUUCCUCAUCAUCAAAUACAACCACGCAAUCCACCUCCACUGCUUCAUCAGCCACGCUGAAUAACAGCACAAUGCAUCCAUCUAUCAACAUGCUCCAUCCUGCUUACGACUCGCAUUUCCAGCAAGAUAGCAGCAGAACCCCAAGCAUGCAACAGCAGCAAUUACAAUACCAAUUACAGAGACAAAUCCUCUUUAAUAAAACAAAUAACAGUUCAACACAAAACAAUCCUGAACCCUCAACGCCAUUAACACCUCCACCGCCGCCUUAUUCACCUUGA